CUUUAACCCGACACGUCACUUGCCGCCUAGUGACAAGAUGGCCGCCGAGAGGGUGGAUUUGGAUUUCGGGGACCGCGAGUUGUUCGAUGAGUUUGACGAUUCAAAACCUUCGCACAUCCGCUUUAACGACUCCGAAGAUGUGGGUGAGGCAGAGGCUAUGAGGGAGAAACUGUUGGAAUGCGAGGAGAGAAUAGGUUACCUGAAAGCGGAGAAUCAGGAACUGAAGAGGAAGUUGAACCUAUUGACCCAGCCAAGUAAAAUAGUUGUGAGUGACUCCAAAACAGAUGGUCCAAUGGUUCAGAUCUUGUUUAUGAACAACAAUAUUUCAAAACAGUUUCAUCAAGAAAUUGAAGACUUCAUCGCAAGUUUAGUUGAAAGAUAUGAAAAAGAAAUGCAAAGUGACCCAGAAAAAACAUCAUUUAAUGUGAAACCUCAGCCAUCUAGUGUGCUGCUCGAGGAACACCUGAAAGUGAAAACAUCGAAUGCAGGAAAGAAGAUCAAAGAAGCGUUUCAUGUUGUGGGAAGCGUUCAGUACUUCACCACCUUUUGCCUUGACAAACUCGGACAACCAUUGCUAAAUGAGAAUCCACAGCUGACAAACGGAUGGGAAGUACCCAAAUAUCAGCAAGUCUUUGCUCAAGUUGUAUCCUUAGAGGGUCAAGAAGUGGAAUUGAAAGCUAAGAGGCCAAAACCUUGUUGUUUCAACUGUGGUUCAACAGAACAUCACUUAAAGGAUUGUCCAAAGCCACGUGAUCUUGCUCGUAUUAGUGAGAAAAGAAAAGAGUUCAUGACAAUGGCUAGUGAUUCACCUCAUUCAGGUUCUCAACAGCGGUAUCAUGCAGAGAGGUUUGAAAGGUUCAAGCCAGGUGUUCUCAGUGUAGAACUUAAAGAAGCUCUGGGGAUGACUGAUGAAACUCUGCCACCAUUUAUAUAUCGGAUGCGUCAAUUGGGUUAUCCACCAGGCUGGCUGCUAGAGACCCAACAAGAGAAUUCUGGGCUUGCUUUAUAUGAUGGAAAAGAUUCUAGUGACAGUGAAAUGGAACAUGAUAGGCAACAUCUAAAACUUCGCCUUCCAUCCUAUGAUACUAGCAAACUCAUUGAUUAUGCAGGAUUCAAUGCUGUUAUUCCAAAAGGGAUUCAGGAUGAAUGGAGGCAGUAUGGUUCAAUUCCAAUGCAAACCCAUCAUCUCAAGGAAUAUUUUGCACAUCAAUUGGUUGCUAAUUAUCCCAUGACUAAAUACUGUACAAACAAAAGGGGUUCAGAUGUUGACUCAAGCCUACGAAGUGUAAAGAAGCGCAAGUCUGAAGAAAUAGAUAUGAAUUCUUUUGAUAUGGACAUAGAUUCAGGUUCAGACACACCACCAAGGCAGUUUCAGCCUUUACCACCCUUACCUUCUGGUUGCCCAUUAACAUCGUCACCACCUCCUCUACCAAAAGGAACACCACCUUCCACACCACCGAUGUUUAUCCCACCUCCACCACCUACUCCAACACCACCUCCACUUCCAAAAGAUACUUCUCCCUCUACGCCUUCAUAUUGCUCUCCAGAAAGAUAUUUAUUGGAAGGAGGAAGUGCCCGAGCUUCAGCUACUGAAAAUGCUAAUAAAACUUUGGAUGCUGAUGUCUUGUCCUUAGAAGAGUUAGAAGAACAGCAACGGUUGAUAUGGGCUGAAUUGGAACAGACUGAAAGUACAAAUAGUGAGACAGAAGGUCCUUGUGAUUCACCAUUAAUCAAGAAUUCUGCAAAUUCCUCACCGGCAAUGCAUGCACCUGACAACCACAUGGAAGUUGAAGCUACUGACAAAAUGGGAACAAUUGAAAAUAAUAUGAGGAGUCCCAUUGCUGAAGCAUCUUUAGUUGAUUUCAAGGAUGAACCGACCACUUUAAGUAGGGAAAACAACACUCCAUCUGAAAAUUCCAGAAUGGAAAUUGAAGGCAGUAGAACCGUUCCAGAUUCUACCUCAACGCCAGAAACAUUCAUUAAAGAGAACCAAGUAUGUUUAGAGAAAACACAAGGAUCCAUCAUUAGUGAUACUGUGUCAGAAGCAAGAGAGGAGAACAGGAUUUCUUCUGUCCCUGAUAUGAGUAAAUUUGCCACUGGAAUUACACCUUUUGAGUAUGACAAUCUUUCUGAGGCAACUGGAACUUACCUCAAACUCCGGAGCUUACUGAAGAAUUCUCCAAGAAACAGAAUGAAAAAGAAAUACAUAUAAUCAUCAGACCAGUACUGAACCAUUCGGAUCCAAGGCUUCCACGUCAUAUGACCAUGUACUAUGUUGGAGUUUUUGUUUUCUUUUAAGACCUCAUUUCAACAGUAUGUGGCAGAGCUGAUAUUUUACUGAAACCGUCAAAAAAAAGUGUGGAUGUCAAUGCUAUUUUAAUAUGUAGGGUUGGAAUUGAGUGAAAACAAGUCAGGUGUUACAGAAAGAAUAAUUUCUUGUGUAAUGUUCAUUUUCAAAGUACUGUUGAAAUCUGCCCUUCAGGCAUAGUCUCAAUUUUUCAAAUGUGAAUUUGUGUACAGUGGGUUUUUAGUCAUUCUUACACAUCAGAUUUUUUUUUUGUUUAUAUAACUGAAUACAUGUUUGAUUUUUGAUAUUACCAAUGUAAUUUUAUAAAAUAUACUGCCAGGGAUUUUAAUGUACAGUAUUUUAAAUUCUAAUUACGGAUCAUGUCAGGGAUUACCAGGGCUGUUUUCAGGUAUUUUAUGAAUAUCCACAUAUGCUUUAGUUUUUUAAAGCUGCUUCUACCUUUGUAAUGCCAUUCUUUGCAAGAAGUAUACAGCCUUGGAAUAUAAGAAUAUGAUGAACAACUCUAUGAAGACCUGUUUUAGUAUUUUGCGACAGCAUUAA